AUGGCGGAAUCUCUCAAUCCUCCCCUCUCCUAUGAGGCUUCCGAUACCACCACACAUCGCCAUGCAGCGACCUCCCUCCCCACUGAGGUUGUCUCAUGCCUGAAGAACUCUCGUUUCCUGCAUCUAGCAACAUGCGAUAACUUGACCCCGCACAUAUCCCUCAUGUCCUACACCUACCUCCCCUCGACUCCGUAUGACCCGUACCCGACCAUCAUCAUGACCACCAAUCCCGCCUCGCGCAAGACCAAUCACCUCCUCUCCAACCCGCGCGUCUCUCUCUUGGUUCACGACUGGGUUUCGCAUCGGCCUCCGACCCGUGCUCCCAAUCCGCAUGGCGAACGUGAGGGAUCGCCACCCCCAGCGGCAACCCGCUCCUCGCUGGCUAGCCUGCUGCUCAACCUGAACACUAGUGCGUUGUCGAGCAUCUCCACAACCAUCACCGGCGAGGCCCGAUUCCUUGAGCCCGGGUCCGAGGAAGAAUCCUGGUGUAAGGAACGCCACUUGGAAAACAAUACCUUCGAGGAGGAGGAAAUCAACCUGUUUGGCCAGCAGCAACGGCAGGAUCCCCAUGCUAGACGGCCCAGCAUGGUUAUUGACACUGAUGUCCGGGUAGUUACCGUCCAGGUACGGGAAGGCCGCAUCGCGGACUGGAAGGGUGGAGUUCGGGACUGGAUCUUGCUCCCGACGGAGGAGGCCCAGGCGGGCCUUGUCAAUGGCUUGUAG